AUGAGUGGUUACAUUGUCAACAAGGCAUGUAUCCAGCCGCUCUUCACAAUGAUUCCGCUGAUCCGCUUACAUCCAUCGCAGGGAACACCUAAUGCUGCAUAUGCCGCCUCAAAAGCAGGAGUGCAUCAGCUCACACGAAACCUAGCAUCAGAAUGGGGCUACUCCGCAGACGGUCCUUCGAUAAGAGUGAAUUCCCUGAGCCCUGGCGUCAUCCGCACCCCUAUGACUGCAAGUGUUCUUUCCAAUGGCACUUUCGAGCAGAUGUGGACAGAGCAGAGUCAUGGCAACGGAUUAGCUUAUGGUCUUCGAGUCAGUCAAGAAUUAGAAGGGGAUGGGAUAUACACAGCCGCAGAAGCUUCCGAAUGCCAGUAG